UAUAAAAGCUGGCCGAUGCGCAUCAGUUUUUUAUAAUCAGCAUUAUCAUCAGCAUUAAAAGUUACACCAGCAAUGUCGAAAGCUGCGAUAGUUUUGCUUUUAUUGGUAGGGAUUUGCCAUGGACUGGACAUGGAAGCCGUAUUGAAGAGACUGGACUAUCUGGAACAGAAAGUUGAAGACCAGGCCAAACGUAUCGAAGAGCUAGAACUGAAAGGUAAUCCCGACAAGCGACUGGUGCUAAAUGGGGAAGGGCCUAUCGCGUUUACAUCACAAGUGACUCCGCACGUUGUGAGCCACAUGCACAAGGGUGACGGCGUUAUAUUCGACCGCGUCCUCUUGAACGCAGGCGGCGGAUAUCACAACGUCACUGGUCAGUUUACCGUCCCGUUGUCUGGAAUCUACCUGUUCGCUGUAUCCGUGUUUGACCAUGUAGAGAGGGCAAACGCUGGUACCACGAAAGUCCACGCCGAGAUCGUUCAGAACAACGUCACCAUCGGGCGCGUGUUUGCUCACGCAGACGACCACUACCGCGACCAAGGCGCCGAGACUGUAAUAGUCACGGCGAACACCGGUGACGUUAUUUGGGUGAGAGUCGUUGACAACAACGACCUCGGUCUUGGCGGGGAUUUCUACACGUCUUUCGCGGGCUACAUGCUGUGGCAGAUGUAGUAAAAACGCUACAGAUUAAAUUCCGUGUAUUUAUCUCGAACUAAUAGACAAUAAAUGAAUAAU